CAACCAUUCGCAUGUGCUUGUCCCUGGCGCGGAGAACGACCCGCGCUGCAGGGCCGCUGCUUGGAGCAUGAUGCCCAGCCCUGUGUCCAGGGAUGCCCGAGAUCCCCUGCCACAGGGUGCGGGGAGGGGCUGGCAGCCGUCCCCUCCCCACUGCACACCUGGGGCAGGCUCCAGCCACCUGCAUCGGCCUCACGCACCCGCUGCACUCCUGCUCCCGUGGGUCAUCCUCAUGUCAGCCUGGAACCGAGGGCUGGCUGUGCAGCGCUCAGCUGCUGGGGAACUCCUGUGGGAUGCGUUUUAGAGGGCAUAGUUCUUAAGUUUAAGGGUGCUGGAGACACAAAAAUUCAUGUUUGCACGUCUUCGCCAUCGCCUUCGCCUUGGAGGUGUCAGUGGGGAAGACCAACACGGUGAUGGCUCUGAAUAACUCCAAUGUCCUGCUGCCCUGCACCUUCACCACCUGCAUAGGCUUCCAGGACCUGGUCUUCACAUGGUAUUUCAACUCGACAGAGCUGAUUUACCAUGGCAAGAUAAAGAACAAAGCCUCGGAGCCCACCGUCAUCCAGCACAACCCGCGCGUGGAGUUUGUCGGCUCCACCACCAAGAAGGACAACAACAUCUCCAUCGUCCUGAACAACGUGGAGUUCAGCGAUGCUGGCAAGUACACCUGCCAUGUCAAGAACCCCAAGGAGAAGAACGCCCAGCACAAUGCCACCAUCUUCCUCACCGUGGUCCAUAAGAUGGUGGAGACAGACAACACUGUGACCCUCAUCAUCGUGGGCGUGGUGGGGGGGCUCAUCGGCCUCCUCAUCCUCUUCAUGCUCAUCAAGAGGGUGGUCCUGUUCAUCAUCAAGAAGAUGCAGGACGGGAAGAAGGAGUGUCUGGUGAGCUCGUCAGGGAACGACAACACCGAGAACGGCCUGGCCGGCUCCAAGGCGGAACAAAAAGCACCACCAAAGGCAUGAACGAAGCAGCAGCGCCCCGAGCCCGCCCCGCCCCGCCGCGGGAGCCCGGGCAGGGGACGAGCCUUCCCCUUUUGUUUUCUUUCCGAACUGCCAACGCUUGAGACAUGUUUCUAUUACACACGUGCCUGCAACCUGCACUGCUUCUCGGAGAAGGCUGCGGCUGCCGGGGGGACUGGGAGCUUCUCGCGGACUCGGACUGGGAGGCUGCUGGGGCAGACGGAGCCGCCGGCUCCGCUCAGAGCACAGGCAGGAGGGUGCCGGGCAGGUAGGGCGGGGGCCGGGGCCGGGGGGCGGGUGCUGGGCCAGCGGGGGUCCCGGCGUGCCCGGAGGGUGGCACGGUGGGGUGCUGGCGAUGCUGACCUGAGGUGGCUGGGAGCUCCUGCUUCGUCGGAAAGGUUUCUGGAGCAGGGCAAGGAUGCUCCGAGCUGGCCGUGCAGAUGGAGUGGCACAGGAGCACGGGAGGAAGCAGGGCUGUGUUAAGCACAAUGGAGAACCAAAUCCGUGAGAGACCCUGGUUGUGCCUCGGUCCUUCCCACAGCAGGCUGGGCGGCUGGCCGUGUCCCAGGGUCACUGCUGGCCCGCGAUAGGGGGGGAUGCUACAUUUCACACUGGCUUUGUCUCCGUGCAGGGCCAUCCCUGGGAGCAGGGGUGCUUCUCCCCAGGCAGCCAUCCUGGCAGCGCUCCCCGGCUUUGUGCCGCCCCCUCCCCUCUCUCUGGAGCUCGGCACUCAGAGCAGCGAUGCUUUUGAUGCUGGUGCCAAGGCUGAACGCGUUACGUGGAUAUUUUUGUAUGAGAUUCCAGGGGGAAAGCAGCCACUUGCGUUUCCCUUUCACCGUGGCGUCCAUGGCCACGCAGGGAGGGAGCACAGCCGAGCCCUGGCGAGGGGAGCCGGGCCAGGGCUGUGCCACCGGCCCACUGGGCAACCUUGGGCAAGUUGCUCUGCCUCUCCAUGCCUCAGUUUCCCCAUCUGUAAAAUGGGGACAAUAAUACUGCUCUACCUCACGGGGUGGGUGUGAGGGGUCCUUGGCUAACGAUGGUGAAGUGCUCUGGGGUGAGGGGUGCUGCAGAAAGCCGGGGGGUCUUCAUGAGUGGACUCACAAGGAUGUGAGACACGAAGUGAGAGAGCUACAAAUGAGCUUGUCAAUGUCCUUUAAAAUGUGAUUUGUUCCCUAUUUCUCCAAUUUGUGGGUGUCUGACAGUGAAGCUGCAGGACAGGCAGCUCCCCCGUCCCCACAGUAAACUGGGAUUCGCAGCUGAGCCACGACUUGCUGUGGGGGCUUGUGCCCUGGCAGAGGUGCUGGAGUGGGAGGUAGGCAAGGAUUUGGUGGCCAAGGUGAACAAGGAAAGGCUGGGUGCUACCUUCUCUGGAGAUACUGGUGCACAGCGGGCUGGUCACCCCAGGCUGGGCUCAGGGGCACCCAUUGGAGCAGAGCUGUGUGCUCGGGACAAGGGACAGGGACAGGCACCUGGCCCCAGGCAGGUUCCCUUGGCUGUUGCUAAGACAGACAUGUAGGAGUCGAGACCUUGAUCUUCUCUCUGAUGGUCUGUGGGACCCUCAGGCCAAUCACUUGACCUCUCUGUGCUUCAGUGUCCCCAUUUGUAAGCUGGGGACAGAGAAUCUGAGCUACCUCUCAGGAGGUGUGAGGUGCCCUGCACGGCUCUGCCACCAUGCCGGGGAGGAAGGCGCUCUGGUGCCAGGUGUUGUGACACACCACUGCCACCUGUGAAACCUCCCAGUCACCCCGAGAGACCCCCGGCCCGCCCUUGGAGGAGCCCUCCCGUGGGGGAGGACAGCGAGGGGAGGAAGGGAGUUUUUUUAAAGAACUAUUUUUAGCUGUCCUAACCUGUUGGCCUUUUUUAGCCGGUGAGUGGACGCAGCUCCACUUCCCGCCGGAUAUGCAAUGCUGCACUAUGCAUGGAUUACUCCUCUGGCUUGAUGGGAAAAGUCCACAUAAGCAGUUUUUGGAAUGUGACUCCAUGUGCACACGGGUGCUCCGGGGGAGCGGGCUGCCUCGGGGGCUUGUGCCAGCACCGGUGGGGCCCCUGCUGUCACCGGGGCUUUGGGGGGGCUGCAGAGGCUUUCCGGGGCAUUUCGGGGAGAGGGCCCCCCCGGGAGAGUGUGCUGCCACAGGCACGUGUGUGUGUCCAAGCAGAUGUAAAGCUGUGUGAGAGGAACCUGUGUGUGAGCACGGGGUGUGUGCGCGCCGGGCUGUGUGAUGACUUACAGCACAUCUUUGCACUGUAGAGGUUUAGUUAGCUUUGCCUUGAAUGAAAUAAAGUUUACGUUUACUAGAGAAA